AUGUCGGCUCAUUGCUUGAUAAGUGAACAAAAACUUGACUAUAUUCGGGAGGUGGUAAACCAUAGGGACCCGAAAGAGGAUUACAAACUUAUCCGUAGUAUAGGAGUUGGAACGUAUGGAGAAGUUUAUAAGGCUCUCCGAUUGAAUACAAAGGACUAUGCAGCUGUUAAAAUAAUAAAAGUGGAUGCAAAAGAUGAUAUCAAAGCUGUUCUUCAAGAAAUACAGACUCUAAGGGACUGCCGUCACCGCAAUAUUGUCCAGUUCUUUGACAGCUAUUUUCGACACAAUAAACUAUGGAUUUGUAUGGAGUUCUGUGGCGGUUAUUCGAUGCAAGACAUCUACACAAAUACACGGAAACCGGUCGACGAAGAUUGUAUUGCCUUUCUUUCGCGUGAAACACUUCGAGGAAUUGCUUACAUGCACAGUCAAGGCAAAAUUCAUCGAGAUAUCAAGGGAGCAAAUAUUCUAUUGUGCAAUGACGGUGCUGUGAAAAUUGCUGAUUUCGGAGUUGCUGCUCAAAUCACGCACACAAUUCAAAGGCGAAACUCUCUCAUCGGGACUCCUUAUUGGAUGGCACCCGAAGUCGUUGCUGUGGAAAGGAAAGGUGGUUACGAUGAGAAAUGUGAUAUCUGGGCAGUGGGGAUUACGGCAAUUGAAUAUGCCGAACUGCAACCUCCCAUGUUUGAUCUCAAUCCUCUCAAAGCUCUCCGCAUAUUGAGCAUGAAAAACUAUAAGCCGCCAACACUGAGGAAUAAAUCUAAAUGGUCCAACAAAUUUCAUGGAUUUUUAAAGUACGCUCUGACGAAAAAUGAGAAGAAAAGGCCGACAGCUGAGCUUAUGCUUGGGCAUGAAUUCGUGACACAGCCAACUCUCUCACAGAACUUAACUCUUCAGCUGUUGCAGCAGAAUCGCAAUCCUGAGCCAUUCUCUUUCGGUCAACCUCGGCCCUCCGGUGACUCUGCAGUGUCAGUGGAGGCCACCCAUGACGCUGGUCGUCCGCCAUCGGCCAACAAGGUGCUGCAGACUCCCGUACCCGGGUCUAAACGACCUGCUCCUGCUAAUGCACCUGCUACAAACUUAUCCGCUGCAAAAGGACUGGCUACUCCCAAGGCUUCACAUCAAUAUCAAGUUAACAUCAAGACUCCUGUGAAUCGGUUUCCAUUCUCCUCCGCAGGCCUUGAGGCCGCUAGUAAGUAUGUCGCCACGCAUCAGGAAGAAAUGGGUAUGGUUUCAAGUAAACCCAACAAGGCUGUUUCACAUCAGCCAUCCUCGUCCUCUCAAUCUAAUGGUGUUCAUGCCGUCGCCGCACCGGAACGAAUUCUCCCUACUCCAGCAGCGCCGAGUGGUUCAGUCUAUCCUCGAUUUCCAGUCCGAGGGAAUCGUCUGGAAGACGUUCGUAUCAUGGAUGAACUGGCCACUCCACUCCCCGCCUACGCCGCCAAUGCCCCCACUGCAAGCCCCGCCCCAAAACCGCCUCUUAGUGAAUCAGCUACCACGCGGUCUGGAUCUCCAGUCCCUUCUGCCGCUUCUUUCUCUUCAGCAUCGACAUCUCCCUGCAGUACAAUCUCCUCCUCUUCUUCGGGGACGCGAGAUUCGUCGUCCUCUUCUCAGAGUUCCAGUGUCUCAUCCAGUGCUGAAGAAGACGGAGAUGAUGAGCAGGUGGAAGAAAGUGAAGGCGAGGACGAGGAGGGAAUCUCUUCUGAAGGAGAAGUGGAAAAACCUCGACCAUCGUCUGUUUUAGUUAGUCCUAGGAUGGUGCCACUUAAGCCGAGUGUCGUUGCCAAUGAUCCAGAAGCUACUCCUCAGCCGGUUCGAUCGGUGAUAUCUUUGGCUCGAACGGAAGUAGUCGCGGCAGCUAGUAGCUGUAAUGGAAACACGAAAUCGGUUGUAUCAUCGGCAGUUGCGAACGCCGAGAAGGCACCUAACCAAAGGAAGGAGGAUUCUUCCUCAGUUGAAGGAACUAACGAUGAACGAUCUCGAACUCUUACCACUUCGGAGUUCGCUACUGAAGAUCUCGAUUUGGAUGUAGCUGAUGAGCAACUCUUAGCAGCUGAUGGCGUUCUCACUCUCGGCAAACGCUCAUCGAAUCGAACGGUAAUACUCUCCUCUGAUUUUUUUGAAUUCGGUUUUCGAAUGCAUGGUAAUCCUUCAGAAGAGGAGGACGAUGAUGAUGAAGAUGAAGAGCCGGAUUUCGAGAACAUAGAUCCAGAAGCUGGGUUCAUCUCCCACCCGGGGGUGCAACCAUCUGUCAACCAAGGCGGUCAACAAAGGGAAUCCCGUGUUCUGGGUGAGAAUGGGGUAAGUCAACGUCGAAGACCAAAGCGAGGCAAAUCUGAUCCCAAAAUGUCGCAGCGAGUGGCUUUUCCCCAAAGACAAGUCUCAGAAUCGAUUGAGAACACCGUCUUUUCUGCGUCUGGAAAUAGCCAGAGUACGCAGUCACAACAGGCUCCGACUCCUAAGAACGACUUUUUCCCUGAGAAGACUGGGGCUGAACUAGCAGACAUGCUAAGGCAAAUAAAGUUUGCUCAGAAGUUCGCUUGGCUUGCUGGCGAACCGUCUGCAGCUCCUCUGGGUUUGUCUUCCUUCAAUCCAGGCUCCGUUCCAACCCUCCAUCACGCCACUAGUUCCCCUGACGCUAUCACCCACAUCCAUCAUGUUCCAAACGGCCGUUCAGGUGGUGGCAGUAGUAAUAUUCUUGUUUCCCUAGUAACCCCUAACACAGAGGCUACGUCCAAGGAGAAUGAUCGAAUUGGUGCUCCCCAUCAUCCUUCCCCCCAACCUACAAUGGCGCAGCCUGUCCCACGACCCAAAACAUCUGUGCCCUCAAUUCCUUCCUCCUCGGUUGGAGCUCUUUCCACUUCCUCUCUCAUUGGUCGACCAACUACUAGUCUCACCACCUCGACAUCAUAUUUACCAUUCGUUUUAUCCUCUGGAGUUCAAUCGGUUUCUAAUUUAACUACUGCGGAGACUCCUACUCCUGCUGCUGAUGAAUUGACUCGCACGAUCACUACUGCAUCGAGUGUCAUCAACUUUAACUCAUCUUGUCUGGAGGUAGCUAGCGACAAAGGUCAUGUCGACAACAACAAGAUCACGAAUGGGGACACUACUACGAAUGCUACUGCUUCUGCUGUUAAUGUACAAAAAGGUGUGUCAAAAUCCACUGAGAAUUCUGAAUCCCCAUCAUUGUCGUCUUCAAGUGAUAGAAGCACGACAGCAAAAUCCCAGCAACAAUCGCAUUUAUCCGUUUGCCAAUCAACAGAAGUCGUUUCCUCCUGCUCCGCAUCGGCAAUAUCUGAAUCGUCCUUAAAUCACUCUUCACUUUCUCAUUCACCUGAUGCUCAACGCCGACCUCUAUCCGCUGUGGAAACUCCAUCAUCAUCAUCAUCAAAGGAGACAACUUCAACCGAAUUUGUACAGAGACCUCAAUCACUAACAUCUCCUUGUCUGCCUACUCGGUCCUUCCUUCGACCAGAACUAACGCCGACCUCAUAUAGUCUGAAUAGUAACAGUCGGCAGAAUGGAAUUUCGGAAUCAACAGAGCAAUCACAGUCAGGACGGGCGAGUGGUUUACGGCAGAUAAUUGAAGAGGAAAGUGCGAUCAGAAUCCCCGAAGGCUCCGCUCCCCUUGCUGAUCAGGAGAUUGAGGAAGAUGACAUUAUCCCAAUUGACGCUGAUGGGGAAGACGAGGAAGCAAAGAUGCCAGAAAAACAGUCUGAAGAAACCCCAUUACUGCCACCACGUAUUUUCCAUCCUCGCCGAGUUCGCAGUUUUUCUACCUUGCUGAACAAUGCAAUUCCUUCAACUGUGCUUAAAACUUCCCCAUCUUGUCCAGCUCUCAUAGAUCUCACCAAGUGUACUCCACCUCCUCAUAGAUCGUUCCUCCCAAGGAAGACUGCUUCUGCUCCAUCCAUUACAGAAGAGGAGAAGUUGCAUGUCAACGGAGAAUCCUCUAAGGAAGCCACAGUAGAGCCGGCAAUGGAAAAAUCCACCCCCAAUACUUCAACGGCUGUGAAUGUAUUCACUAAGAGCGCUGUCCAACGCAGAGUAUUGCCACCUGCUUACCUCUCUCCUCAACCUUCUCGACUGUUGAGACGUUUGAGGCAGAGCCCUAAUAGAAGUACCAAUAAAGUCAGACCAACCUCCGUAUCGGUCACUUCUAUCGAUCACGAUUUCCAGAAGUUGUCGAGACUGGUUGGUGCUCCGCCCUGGGCCCGUCAAUCUACCACCGACCUUCCUCCUACUCCUCAGGUUCAUAUGGGAGCUUGUUUCACACUAGUUUUUGAAGGAUGUCCCUUGACUAUCAAUUCGACGGCUAGUUGGAUUAAUCCUGCGAACAAUGCACAAAUCCUGCUAUUUGGCAGCACAGAAGGCGUUUAUUUUCUCAGUCUUAAGGACCUGGCAGAUCGGUCUUUAGAGUUGCUCGCUUCACGAUAUUGCCAUUGGCUGGCAGUGGUGCAGAACACGAUGGUUUCGGUCUCUGGAAAUCCACCACACCUUUACACCCACAAUCUCACUACACUCAUGAAGAUGAAAGCUUCUGGACACUCCAUGAAUGCCAAACUCAAAGGCAUUUCAAAUCUCUUCCCCAAGCGCUUUUCACCCUCCAAUAAAGUCUCCAAAACCAAGGGCUGUUUACGAGCAAGUUUGGUUCGAAGCCCAUUCACCGGUGCUAGAUACCUCUGCGCUGCCUUUCCCCACGAAAUCCUUGUCAUGGAAUGGGUCAACACCCUCUCUACCUUCAUUGAAACUAAACGGGUUCCCGUCUUAAAUAUGCCAACGUCUCUGACCACUUUCGACCUGUUGGUACAACAGGACUUGCGAUUCCCUCUUGCUUGCCUUGGUGUCUAUCGGCAUCACUCACGUCGUGGCUUGGCCGGCGAGCGGUACCGACUCCACCUAGUUGAUCUCAACUCCCCAUCAGCUACAAAUGAGUCAUCGUGUGCUUCUGCCGCCGUUCAUCACUCCUCUGCUGGUCUAGGCCCCUCACCACUUCCUCCUCAGGCCAUUUCUCCACCCGUUUCAUUACCUGCUGUAAAUGCACCCGCUCAAGGAGAAAGAAAACAACUAGCAAAAGCCAAAUCGGAGGAUGUUGUUGAGUCAAUGACCUGCAAGACUUCUAAUGCUACUGCCACUGCCCGGGAUAGUAACUCCGUCUUUUUGGACUCUGAUCGAUUGCCAGUAGUAAGUGUGAUUCAGCUAUUGAAGAACACAGUUCUCGUCUGUUUCCCUGAUUGUGCAAAGCUGGUGGGUUUCAGUGGUCGGUUACGAAAGAAGCUGCGCCAGCCCAACACUAUAUCUUUCGAUGGUCUCAACAUUCAGUCGGUCGUUGGCCUUCGCGAUAGCCUUCUAGUCUUUCAUCCACACGGCUUCCUUGGGAAAAGCUUUGCUGGAGAGCUCACCCAGGAAAUUAACGAUGACAAACACAUUUAUCGGGUAUUAGGUCAUGACCGAAACAUAGUAGUUGAGAGUCGACCAGUAGGAGGUCCCUCGAAUAACUCAAACAUCUACCUACUUGCCGGUCAUACCGACAAUUCCUCGUAG